AUGAUAUGUAUGUUCAAGACAGGUUUUUCUCAUGGAAUCGAAGUUCACACAUCCAUCGGAGGUCAGGCUUGGUACGGAGCAUCGACCACCUUGUCGUGUUCUUACACACCGACAUCGUCCAGAAAUGAUUUCACUCAACUUAAAUGGGCAAAAGAUGGACAAGACAUCUUAGCUAUUUGGGAUUCUAGCGAGGAUUUGCUUAAGAGGGAGGGCAGAUAUAAUCUCUCUGUGGACUUCACAUCGAGUGGAAACCUAACCUUCAACGAAGUCGAGAUCGACGACGAGGGGACAUAUAUGUGUCAGGUGAAGAUAAGAAGAUAUGUCCUGAAAAGUUCUAGUGUGGAUCUGGAAGUCCUAGCAGCUCCCAGUGAGUUGAUUCUCAGAGGUCAAGCAGGGGAAACCCCCGUCAUCAUCCAUCAGGGCACCGUGACACUCAAACCCAGCUUGGAUGUCGAGUUUAUGUGCGAGGCCAUCGGAUCCAGACCUUCCGUGACGAUAGCAUGGUACAUCGAUGACGCUCUCGAGGAGACAGACCUCGGGACAUCGACAACCAAUUCGAACGAUGCUCGACUUCGAGACACGACAUCGUCGCUCGUCAUCGCUAACCCUGGUCGCUUGCAUCACGGAAUACUACUGACAUGCCAAGCCCUGAUUGAAGGGAGAUUAGUUCGUAAUACAAGCAUUGUCAUCAAUGUAGAAGAACCACCUAAUCAACCAAUAAACAUUCUUGGUCUUUACGACCACGUGAGCUCCUCGGAGCCACAGAGGCCAUAUUGUAUCGCUAGUAGCAGCUUUCCAGUCUCCUUCAUCACGUGGUCACUCGAUGAGGAGAAUGUGACCGAUAACGCCGAGGUGACGACCACGGUGAUGACCUCGGGUAUGAUGAGGGUCAUCAGCGUGUUGGAUUACGACCCAAUGAUGGAGGAUGACGGAAAGGUCUUGCGAUGCAGGGUUGGUCACGUGGCUCUGGCGGAGGAUAUCAUUGCAGAGAAAGCUAUCUGUUUGACUGACUCUAUGCUGGCCGUGUCAGUUAAGCGAGAGCUCUCAACCUCUCUCAUUCUCGAUCUAAGCGGCAUUCAACAUUCUUCUUUGUGCAGUCUCAGCACCUGCGACACCACGGAAGGCGGUGAAUGCACCUCGCAAUAUAUCGGCACCAAGUACAGUGACGUCGUUGACCAUGUGCACGAAGUCCGUAAUCUCCUGGCCUCGACCACCUACGAGGUCGACCUCCGUUGCCAUCAUAGGUUGUGCCGGGAGAGCACGGCGAGUACAAGGGCUUCCGUCCCUAGUCCCACUGUAUUGAUUAAUGAUCAAGGAUCGAAUCUACAGACGACUUCUGAUGAGAAAUUGUGGAUUCGCGACCUCAUUUUCGUCAUCAUCGCCGUUAUUGUCGUCAGCGCUUUCGUGAUCGUUGUCACUGUCUCCGUCGUCCUCAGGGCUGUCGUCAAAGUAGCUGGAGCUCAAGAAGAGAAUAACGUGACAAUAUCACCUGAUCGAAUUCAGGAGGCGAACGGAGGGAAAACCGAGAUUUAUCAUGAAAUCAAGGAAUUAAGAUCCAGCCUCGUGCAGCCCUCUGACAUCAUCGUCUCCACCCAGUCAAGCAGUCCAGACCAGCAGCACAGCUUGGGUCAGUCAACGCGGUUGGUCAUGCGGCACCCACGACCGCCUCCUCUACCGCUUCCAACCCAUAGCAUGUCGGUUACUUCUGCGGUCAUGACCGCGUCCGAUGCGACGGAUACCGAGUCGGAGAAAGAAGGUUAUAUGCCUCUGUUACCAUAUACUUAUUCCAAGUACACGACCAUGAACAGCGCUGACUCCAAGUACAUGACCAUGAAGAGCGCUGACUCCGAGUACAUGACCAUGAAGAGCGCUGACUCCAAGUACAUGACCAUGAACAGCGCUGACUCCAAGUACAUGACCAUGAACAGCGCUGACUCCGAGUACAUGACCAUGAACAGCGUUAAUACUAAGUAGAUU